UGUGAAUGGUCUGGCAGUCUUCUGCGACCUGUCAAGUGUCAGCAGUCUCUGGUCAUCUCCUGUACUGUGUCCACAGUCUCUGGUCAUCUGUAGUAUGUCCACAGUCUCUGGUCAUCUCCUGUAUUGUGUCUGCAGUCUCUGGUCAUCUCCUGUACUAUGUCCGCAGUCUCUGGUCAUCGCUUGUACUUUGUCCGCAGUCUCUGGUCAUCUCCUGUAGUAUGUCUGCAGUCUCUGGUCAUUUCCAGUUCUAUUUUUUCUUGUUUUCCUCCUCUAAAACCUAGGUGCGUCUUAUGGGUAGGUGUGUCUUAUAGAGAGAAAAAUACGGUAAUUCCUGGAUUUCUUCUUUCUUUGUACUCUCAUUAGAUAUUUACUCAGUUUAUUCCCCCACUGAUAUCUCUCUCUUGUCAACAUAUUGAAAGUUUUUCUCAACUUCUUCCUCCGUUAAAUUGUCUAAUUCCUCUCUCUUUUUUAUUAUUUGCUGCUGUAUGUCUACCGAUAUUCUCUUUUUAUGAUACUAUUCCA